GACUGGGCUCCUAGCGGACGCUCAUUGGCUGACCGGGAAAGUAGGAAGUACAGAGUUUCUCAGAAAGAGAAGGAGGAAACGGUUGCUAAGAGUUUUGCCAUGGAAGACACAACUGACCUGAAGAAGGUGCUGGACACAUUCAAGCGUUGUCUCAACGACAAGCAGGAAAUCUUAAUGGAUCCUUACAUUGCUGGCUGGAAGGGACUAGUUGGGUUUCUCAACACCAUGGGCACCAUCUUCGCCUUCGUCUCCAAAGAUGCAGUGGCCAAAAUCCAGAUCAUGGAGAACUUCCGGAACAGCGACCAGAAGGCCCAGUACGUAAGCCUCCAGUCCAUGGUGGACCACGAGCUGGGGCAGGGCUUGGUGGACUUCCACGCUCAGCGCGACAACCCCAUCUCGGGGUGCCGGACGAUCCUGCGUCUCCACCGCGCCCUCCGCUGGCUGCAGCUCUUCCUGGAGGCCCUGCGGACCAGCGGCGCGGAUUCCAAGACCUCGGCGCUGUGCACGGAGUCGUACAACGCCUCGCUGGCCCACUACCACCCGUGGAUUAUCCGCAAGGCGGCCACCGUGGCCUUCUAUGCCCUGCCCAGCCGGAACGACUUCCUGGAGAACAUGAAAGUGGGCACCCCCGAGGAGGCGGUGGAGAUGCUGGGGGAGGCCUUGCCCUGCCUCUACCAGGUCUACGACGUCACCGAGUCGCUGUACGCCAAGCAUCAACUCCUUGAUCUGCCGUAACAGGGCGCGGAAUCCGAAUCAGUGUUUCUCCGGGCGUCGCAGGGGACGGGCAAGCCCAAUCGCACUUUCCCCGACUCCCGGCACCCGGAUCCGUUGCUUUUUCAUUCUCCGCUCUCGCGCGUAAACUGGGUUCUCCUAUUGCUGUACCUUGGGUUUCUCCAGAGAAAACGGCCUGGGUUCCUCCGCGACGUUAAGGCCACGGCGUCCCGUCUCCAUCUCCGGAGCUCGCUGGAGACUCAGACAGACAGACUUCUCGGGGUACGGAGGAUUUGGGGGUCUUUCUGGCCGGCUGCUUGAAAUGGUGUGCGCUGUCAAUCACAUGCGAUUUCUUUCAAUCAAGACACCACGGUCUUCCUUUCCAGAUUUCCACUUUUAAACGGAAACUUCCAGAGCACUGAUGUGUCCUUGUUUUGAUUGUGUAACUGAAACUUUGGAUUGCUCAUUGAAAAAGGGUGGGGCUUCGCACAGGGCGGCAUGUAGAUCCUAUCAUUAGCCUAAUUAGCUUAAUGGCGUGUAGAUCAUGUCGUUAACCUGAUUAAUAAUACGAUUUGCGUGUUUAGGGGGGGAGAGAGGUUAGAAUUCUCUCACUCUCAAACACACACAAAUGGUACCGAUCAUGAAUCCACUUUUUAAUUUUUCCUUUGGCACUUGGCACAGAAAUAUCCAGCAACCUGAUCCUCUUCCGAGUUACACAAGCUCUUUCUAUGGAGAACUUAAGCCUGUGGGGCUGGGCGCCUGGAAAGAAUCGGUCUACUGUAUACCACUGAGCAAAGUAGUAGGCAAGGAUUCCCUCGAUCAAGUAGCAACCCAGCGUGGUUCCAUGCACACAGCAUCCCUGGUAGAGGGCCAUGAUGGCAGUUACUUGUGGAAAAAGCUAUUGCCAUUCGGGGAUCCCCUCCGAUAUUAAAUGAGAAUGAACCCAACCGCAAAAGCAGUUUGGGCGAUUUGAUAGCUGGAUAAAAAUAAUGGGUUCCUGUAACCGAAAUAGGCUUUUAGGCUGCCAUGUUCUAUGCAGCGUCAGAUACCACGUGGAAAAUAUCACUCUGUCUACACACUCCGGGGUCAAACUCCCCGCAAGCAGAAAGCUAGCAUGCCAAAGACAUAACUGGGCUAGAAACACUAGAAGAGAGCUGGCAUGACUUGUCCCCUUAGCUAAGCAGGGUCCACCCUGGUUGCAUAUGAAAGGGAGACUAGAAGUGUGAGCAGCACUGAAAGAUCUUCCCCUCAGGGGAUGAAGCCGCUCUGGGAAGAGCAGAAGGUUCCAAGUUCCCUCCCUGGCAUCUCCAAGAUAGGGCUGAGAGAGAUUCCUUUAGGUCUAAAGCUCAGGACCUUCCAUCCAAGGGGGAAAGUGCUUAAGUAACUCAGCAAUUAAAGGGGCCAGAGUUCGCCAAUUAACUUGUCCCUCUUAUUUCACUGAGACUUGUGACAAACGCUCUCUGGAUUGGGGUGUGACGUCCCCACCCAGCAGCUUGUCAUCGGUUUCUCAAAACAUCUUAAAGCCUCUCUCUCUCCUUUACAAAGGUUUUUUUAAAAAAAAAAGCUGCCGAAAACCCACUCCACCCUGUAACUUUAAAAUGCAUUAAUGACUCUUGGCUGCUAAUAUAAGACAAUCCCGGAAAUUAUGAAUAUUGUGUCGAUGUGUUGUUUUUUUAAGGGGUGUUUUUCACGAUGUGGUGUUGUAACUUCUUUUUUUAAAAUCCAAACCAGUCAAACCUACUUCUGCAUACCUGGUGUCCUGUUUCCUGCCUGUCUCAAUACAUUCAGUAUCAACCUCUCAGUGCCUUUUGGGGUGCUGCUACCAGUAUUCUUUACAAUGCUGCAGGUUUGGAUGCAUGUCCCGUGAUUAUAUCUGAGAUGUCUGUGUCUUAUCACUCAUGUUUGCUUGGAAUGAAAUAAAAUGUCACCUGUUCAGCACUA